AUGGCAAAGUCGUCCAGCAGGGCAAAUGGGAGCAAAAAGAAUGGUAUGAAAUUCAAGAUAUUAGUAGAAAAGCUUCAGAUGAGUUUUCUACUACGCAAGAGGUCACCGGUGAAUCAUUUCGAUGAUUUUGAGGACUCCAAGGAUGUUACCAACGACGUUAAAGAAGGGCAUUUCACGGUAAUGGCAGUGGACGGUGACAAGAUUCAGAGAUUCAUCGUUCCGCUGAGUUAUUUAAGGAAUCCUUGUUUCUUAAUGCUAUUGGAAAAAGCUGCAGAGAAGUAUGGGUUUGAACAUGAAGGUGCACUCAUGCUUCCUUGCAGGCCAAGUGAGCUGGAGAAGAUUCUUGCCAACCAAUAUAUAUACUGGAAGAGCAGAUUGGAGUUCUCCUACAAGUCAAGAGCUUUAAGUUUAAAUUAA